AUGCAACGGUUCCUGCAGCUCAGCGCCGACGAAGCCGCCAAGGCGCUGCGCCCGACGCUCGUCAAGGGCCGCUGGGUCAAGCCGAUGCUGUCGCUCCGCCAGCAGGCCAACGUGAAGAAGGUCGCGGUCCAGAAGGGCACGAUUGGUACGUGGACGGCCGGCGAGGGCGGCUGGCUCGCGGCGUGGGACCUGCCCAAGCAGCACAACGUCAUGCGCACGCCCAAGGGCCACGCCAACGAGCGCCGUGAGGUCGACCGCGUCAAGAAGAUCCAAACCGCGAUGGCGGGCAUGGACAAGAAGAUUGAAGAACACAGAGCCGCGCUCCUCAAGGCCAAGCCCAUCAAGGGCCUCGAGAAGUGGCUCAACGAGACGACGAGCUACUAA